UAUUUUCCUGUUUUACAAUUUUAAAUAUGUUUCUAAAUUAAUAGUAGACAGACUUAUCUUUCACAAUAGUUGGCAGAAUAACACCAUCAGCGAUAUCACUGUGGGUGAUUUCUGUUUGGUACUGCAUAAAAUUUACCGAGUAUAAUAAUAGUUUCUCAAAGUAAACGCUUUUAUUUUAUCAUGUCAAAUCACUACCGUGCAAACUGUUCUAGAAAUUCUCAUGAUAAAUAUUACGAUUGUUCAAGCGAGCAUGAUAUGAGGCCGCGCAACUCUAGGCGUAAUAAUCACCAAAGAUCUACUAAUGUACUACAAAAUCUAGGUGAUCUUAAAGAAUUUUACGAUCAACUACAAAAAUUUGCAGACCUUACGCAUGAAAUCUUUAGAAAAUACUCGAAUAACAGACACUGCAAUUGUUCGCCUAUGGUUAGUAUUCCACAAAAACAUAACAACAAACAUUGCUGCCAUCACAACUGUCAACAUAGACGAAAAUGUUCAACAGAGCGAAAACAUCCGCCGCAAAUACAUUACGAACGAGAAGAAAGUCGUCCGUCUGGCAGUCAGCAGAGACAUAGUUCACAACAAUAUAAUGAUCGGUCAGGUUGUAGUUGCGUAUCCAACAGAAAACAAUUGCCAAAACUAUCAAAUCAUUCUUCAAUGUGUAUGAUAUUAGAAAAUUCGGAUUAUUCAAAAUGUAAAAGAAGGUCAUUACCAGAAAAUCAAGGAACCUGUGGAGCUAACAGUUCAAUGAAUGAACACUAUAAUAAAUGUUCUCGGUACCCGGAAAGAAGUAAAAAAUGUGGUGGAUUUUUUCACGGUAAUAAUAACUGUAGUGAUUCGCAACGCGGCGAUACUCUAAAACAGAGAGAAACUAACGACAAUCUUGAGUCGUGCACUUGCGACUAUUGUCAAUGUAUGCCAGAUAUCUAUAAUGGGAAUAAUAUUUUUAUGGACAUAGGCUCUGAUGACGAAUUUGAAGAUAGUGAUUCCUUGAAUUACACAUUUAAAGCAAUACGUUUGGAACCUGUUGACAUUCUGUUACAAGAUUGUCUUGAAACUGAAAAUGGACAAUGCACAACGUCAGAUAAAAACACACAAACAUUUAUGCAAGAUGUAAAUGAGAGCACAAGAAACAAUUGUAUGAUCAACAAAGAAGUUCAAACAGAACCCUUUGGUAAGAAUAAUAAUAAUAAAUCUUUUGCUGAAAGUACAAAAAAAACUUCUGGUCAAUUUGACAACGAUCAACCAACGUCUGAAGAAAAUUUUCAAACUGCAAGAAAUUCGUUCGAACCAAAUAUAUCAUCUCCAAAAGAAUCUAAAAGAGAAAAUUCUCAGUCAAAAUCGUUUUCAGAAAAAGAGCAGAUUAAGAAUAAUGAAAAUAAUGACGAUGAAAAUAAUCAAAUUUCGGAAUCGAAACCGAUUCAGGUGGGAAGUAUAGAAGAGUCUUCCAAAGUUGAAAGUAUUCAAGAUAUACACAAAGAAUCAAAAGAGUUUGAAAAAGAAUCUCCCGCCGUUGAAAACAAUCAAAUUAAAGAUAAGGAAGACCCCAGUUUCGAAACUGAGAGAACUAAUCCCUCUGCAGAUAAAAGUAAACAAAACAAUGUUGAUAAAGAAGAUGAUAAAACAAGACCAGAAGGAGGACGAAACGCAGAGUUUUUCGACAUUGAAAUUAAUCAAAUUCAAAGUAAAGAGAAGUUUGGUUAUGAGAUUAGAAGUACUCAGCGCUCUACAUAUAGAAAUGAACAAAUUGAUAAGGAUAAGGAAGAUGUUGAGACAGCAAGUGGAAGAAACGCAAACAAGCCAAGUUACGAAAGUAGAAAUGUUCGUCGUUCUGUAGAUGGAAGUAAACAAAACGAUAUUGAUAAAGAUGUUGAAACAAGAUCAAAAGGUGAAAAAAACAUAGGAGAGCUUUUUGAUAAUGAAAAUAAUGCGAUUAGAGACAAGAAAGAAUCGAGUUACGAAACUGAUAGUAGUCAUCGCUCAGCAAAUAGAAGUAAACAAAGUAAUAUGGAUAAGGAAGAAGUUGAAACAAAACCAGCAAGUGAAAGAAACACAAAGUCGACUAAGUUGUUCGACUUUGAAAAUAAUCUAAUUAAAAAUAAAGAAAAGUCAGGUUAUGAAAAUAAAAAUGCCCAUAGUCUUGUAGAUGGGAAUAAACAAAACAUUAUUGAUAAAGAAGAUGUUGAAACAAAGUCAGUGGAUGGAAGAAAAACGAAAAGGUUUUCGGAUAUUUCCAAUGUCAUUAAAAACAGUUUUAAUCAAGUUAACAAUAAGGUAAAUCCCAGGUACGUAACUGGAAGUACUCAGUGCUCUGUAGAUAUAAGUCAACAAAACAAUAUUGAUAAGGGAGAUGUUGAAACAAAACCAGCAAGUGGAAGAAACACGAACGUGUUUUCUGACUUUGAAAGUAAUCUAAUUAGAGAUAAAGAAAAGUCAGGUUAUGAAAAUAAAAAUGGCCAUAGUUUUGUAGAUGGGAAUAAACAAAACAUUACUGAUAAAGAAGAUGUUGAAACAAAAUCAGUGGAUGGAAGAAAAACAAAAAGGUUUUCUGAUAUUUCCAAUGUCAAUCAAAACAGUUUUAAUCAAGUUAAAAAUAAGGAUAAUCCCAGGUACGAAACUGGAGGUACUCAGUGCUCUAUAGAUAUAAGUCAACAAAACAAUAUGGAUAAGGGAGAUGUUGAAACAAAACCAGCAAGUGGAAGAAACACGAACGUGUUUUCUGACUUUGAAAAUAAUCUAAUAAGAGAUAAAGAAAAGUCACAUCACGAAAGUAGAAAUGCUCGUCGUUCUCUAGAUAGAAAUCAACAAAAUGAUAUUGAUAUGGAAGACUUGCAUACAAAACUAGCUGAUAGAACAAAUACGAAAAAGUUAGUUGGUGCUGUAAAUAUGCAAUUUCGAGAUAAGGAAAAGUUCAGUUACGAAACUGAAAAUAGGCAUCAUUCUGAAGACAGAAGAAAACAAGAUGAAAUUGUAAAUGAUGAUACAAAACCAAAGGAUAUCAAAAAUAAUCAAUUAGCGAAUUUUGAAUUAUCAGAAAAUGAAAUCGAAAAAACCAGGCCUUCUUUUGAAAAAAAACACAAAAUCGAUAUACAUAAAGAGACUACUCAAACUAAACCAUCUGGUACAACAAAUACAAAAGAGUCAUUCUCCAUUAAAAAUAGCAAAAUUGAGUGUUAUGAAAAACAAAAUCACAAAACUGAAAUUGUUCCUAGUAAUUCGAAUAGAAAUAUUUUAAAACUAAUGGGUGAGAAAAUUUGCAAAAUAGUGAGUGACAAAAGUCGUCGACCUGAAGAAACAGGCGCUGAUAAAAAUAUUGAAAUGACAGGUAAUGAUAAAGCAAGUAGUAGAAAAUCUACAAAAGAGCUUCCAGUCAAUAAAAAAAAUCAGAAUCAAAAUGAGAAACAGUACAAAAAGCACACUACAAAUGUUAAACAACAAAAGCCUGAUACGUCUGAUGAAGCCAAUAGACCAACUAAAAUUGAAGCAGAGAGUGAGUUGAGCUAUUCCAAUGAUGAAGAGAUUGAAAUGGUGGACAAAAUUGUGCAAACUUCAUCGUAUAGAAAUCUAACACUUGAAGAUCUUGAAAUACAAACUUCUAAUACUCUUUUGGAGGGAUUAAGGGACAUUGAAAAUAAUAAUAAAAGAGUCCCGAAAAGAAGUUCUAAUCACUCAACCACAGAGUCACAUAAUUUAAAGAAAACGAACCGCAACAAUAAAAAAUGAAAACCGAUUCGAGAAAAUAUAUACACAGAUACGAUCAGAGACUUUCUGCAACACCUGCGCUACAGUAGUACGAAAAACAACACCAACAAACCAUAACAAUGUCAGCAACAAAAAUCCUUAAGUUGGCAAUUUUUUGGCAAAUAUUUAUGGUGAAUGCCACAAAACUGAAAAUGGC